AUGGGUGUCCUCGACAUUGUUCCCGCCGGCGUCGUCUCCGGCAAGGACGUCUACAAGGUCUUUGACUACGCUCGCGAGCACAAGUUCGCCAUCCCGGCGUUCAACGUGACCAGCUCGUCGGUCGCCAUCUCGGCCCUCGAGGCCGCGCGCGAUGCCAAGUCGCCGCUGAUCCUGCAGGUUUCGCAGGGCGGUGCCGCCAACUUUGCCGGCAAGGGCCUGUCGAACGGCAACCAGGAGGCCUCGAUCGCCGGCUCCACGGCCGCCGCCCUCUUCAUCCGCUCGAUUGCCCCCGCCUACGGCGUCCCCGUCAUCAUGCACUCGGACCACUGCGCCAAGAAGCUGCUCCCCUGGUUCGACGGCAUGCUCAAGGCCGACGAGGACUACCACAAGCAGCACGGCGAGCCCCUGUUUAGCUCGCACAUGCUCGACCUGUCCGAGGAGUCCAAGGAGGAGAACAUUGCCACGUGCAAGAAGUACCUUCAGCGCAUGGCCCCGCUCGGCAUCUGGCUCGAGAUGGAGAUUGGCAUCACCGGCGGCGAGGAGGACGGCGUCAACAACGAGGGCGUCGACAACGCCGCCCUCUACACCCAGCCCGAGGACAUCUGGGACAUCUACCGCGAGUUCUCCGAGAUCACCCCCAACUUUUCCAUCGCCGCCGGCUUCGGCAACGUCCACGGCGUCUACAAGCCCGGCAACGUCUCGCUCCAGCCCGAGCUCCUGGGCAAGCACCAAGUCCACGUCCGCGAGCAGAUCAAGUCGGACAAGGAGAACCCUGUGUUCUUCGUUUUCCACGGCGGUUCCGGCUCGGAGAAGCACGAGAUUGCUACGGCCGUCACCCAUGGCGUAGUUAAGAUGAAUGUGGAUACGGACACCCAGUGGGCCUACCUCACCGGUGUUAGGGACUUCGUCCUCAGCAAGAAGGAUUAUCUGAUGAGCCAGGUCGGAAACCCUGAGGGCGCGGACAAGCCCAACAAGAAAUUCUACGACCCGCGCGUCUGGGUCCGCGAGGGCGAAAAGACGAUGGCCAAGCGCUGUCGUGAGGCCUUCGAGGACCUCAAGUCCGCGGGCCAGCUCUAG